CACGCGAAUGCUUAUCGCGAGCGCUGCUCCCUCGUCCGUCGCUAAAGGGAAAGAAGGAAGAGAGAAAAGGAGGAAAACUGACAGGGAGGGACCGACAAGACCCCCGAGACUAGCAGAGCGACGGGAGCAGGUAGACGGUGCGCUCGAGGACGCCAGUAAAGUUUUGGACUUUUCGCACAUCACUCACUCACUCAACCAUGUCAGGACUACGAGCACCAAAGGCUGGACUUGGACGCGAGUCGCAAACGAGGGUGGAUGCUAGUUUCGAUGCCGAAGAGGCCAAGAGGAUUCUGUACUGGAUUCGCGACAUAACGGGUCAAAAUUUUCCCAUAGAAGAUAGCAAUGAACGCUACAAGGUGAUGGAGAAUUUCUACAAGACUCUCAAGGACGGACGCUUGCUGUGCUACCUGGUGAAUGCUUUCCUGCCUGAUGAGUUGAAGCUGGACUUCAAGUCACGUACGUUUCAGUCAACCAACAACCUGGCUUUUGAGGCCGCCAGAGAGCGCGAGAGAAUAGAGCUCUUCAUAAUCAAGGCGCAAGAGUUAGGAGUCCCAGAACAGGACACUUUCCAGACGGACUGUCUGUACGAGAGAACCAACCUCCCAAAGGUCUGCGCGUGCAUUCGCUCUUUGGGCACUGAGGUCGAGUCACGCCCUAGUUACACGGGACAGCGGGUGUGGCCACGGAAAUCAGAAGCCAACCCACGAAACUUUUCGGAGGAGACCCUUCGGGCGUCGGAACGCGUCAUCAGCCUGCAGUACGGCACCAACAAGGGCGCCACCCAGGCCGGCAUGAACUUUGGCAAGAAACGCAUGAUCCUGCAAGAAUGACAUCUUCCGCUUCCGGGUCAAGUCGUACGUGUAGGGUCUCACUGCGCAUGAGCAAACUAUGUGUACACGCUGACAGCACCUUUAGUUAGCAGAAAAUGUUCUGGUCGCUUACCACUUCUUGCUGAGUAGUGCCUACAAUCGGUUAGAAUACAAUUUAAUAUUUUUUAACUCUAAAGCGACUGCCAAUCUGACCGAUUGUAGACGCUGAUUAGCACUAACAGACAGGGGAAAGCGGUUAAACGCCAUGCUGCACACGUCAUUGUAGCCAGAGGAAUCCCACAGGUCACAUGAUGAGUGCUGAAUGUCUCAUGCUCGAAUGAAGGUAUUUAUCCCAAAACGAAAGCAUUAUGACACCAUUGUAAAAAUGUUAUCAAAACAAAUAACAACCAAGGUUUCAGCUAGGUGUCCUGGCCUUCAUUAAGGACGGUGCUCAUUCUUGUCCACCCAUGCUUAUAUUUUCAUUGAAACUUCUGUGAUAACAUCCGUCGCCUAGGAAUAGGGCAAGACAACUCUCGGUCUGAAAUCAGAUGGACCGUAAGGUCAGUUGAACAGGUCGUGCUUUGUCCAGAAUAACACAUAUCAUUGUAGACACUGCCAAAAAAAGAGAGACCUUUCAUUUACUGACAUUAUUUUGUUUGCAGAGGCUGCUUUCCACAUACAAAAAUCACUCGCAGCAUUAUUGGGAUAAGAAUUCACUCAUUUGUAGAAGAACCAUCUUCUGACGAACGGUCGCCCCUCAGCGUUGACUCAGAGUGUUCCUGACUAGCGAGACCUUGACACGACUAGCUAUUUAACAAACUCUUUCUAUUGAUAUGUUCACUGGGGUAGGCGCGUUAUGAAACACAGUGGAAGUUGGGGGCUCAUCUUUAUGCUGCUGUAACACAUCGGUCCGUCCAGCCAAUGUAUUUCACAGCGGGUCUUUUUUCAUCGCUUUCAGUAUCUCCUCAUCUACUAAGUGUUUUCUCUUUUGGAAAUUACCUUUCGUUUAUCUACAAGCAUUGCUAUCUAAAAUGACAAGAUAGAAGAAAAUAAUGAGUUUCAAAAUAAGCGAUCAACUCACGAGAGAAAAAAAGAAAAUUAAUGGAGGGAUAGAAGAGGAAGGGGUGACGGUGAAGAUAAGAAUGUUUCAGCUGAUUCAAGUUUAUGAUGAAUGGUUGGAUUACAUUUUCUUACAUUUUUGCACAAGACGAAAAAUCGAAAAGUUAACCACCUGUAAAGAACGUCUCUGGUUUUCUUCGUCAGUGAUGAUGAGAGAGAUGAUGGUACAACGAUGGUUUGAUAUAUCUUUGAUCUGCACUUGUCUAGUACGCUAUAUACAAGACAGUGUAAUAACAUUACAUGCAAAGCAAUCUGAGGUUUAAUAAAAUAUUCAAGUGAAUCUUAAUAACUGUAUGCAAGAAGGUCUGAUAGCAAAGUUGUUUCUAUCCAAGAACAGCAGGAAGGAGGGACUUCCAGUCUGUGGUUACGGCCCCUUUGUACCUCAUGCACCAGAGCUUAAACAGAAUAAGUCCAGUUCAAUCAAAUCCAGUUAAGGACUUCUCUUUCUUUUAAAAAAAAAAAAAUCCUCGUACCUCAUGUAUCACCCAGUAAUGGCAAUGGGGAAUUGAAAAUUUCUGUUCGAAUUCGUCAGCAGUAUCCCAGUUUCACAAGACGGGGGACUUAAGGUUACAGGUGUAAUCUUGAGAUGUGCAGAAGUGACUGUGCUUGUGUCCAGAGUCUGCUUCCAGUCCACCGACCCGCCCGUGUUCUUGCUGUAGUUGUGAUUAUUACUUUUUUCUCUUAUCUUUAUUAUUAUUAUUAAAUAUUUUUACAUGUUUUAUACAGCUCAUUGCU